GAACUAAUCCAAACUGCUUCAAUACAAACCGAAGACAAACUACUGGCAACAACGCUGUGCUGCUGACACUGACGUUAGACGGGCUGGGACUGACAUUGAUUUGUCAAGUGCAAGUUUUUUCGUUGGGAAAUGUCGGAAAAUUUGCAAAAGCGGCCUGCCAAAGGCAUAUUGAAAAAUUCAAGUAGUUUUGAUAAACAGGAAAGUCAGCCGUCUGCCAAAAGGACGAAAGAGACAAAAUGGGAUGAAAUGAACAUAAUAGCAACGUACCAUCCUCCAGGCAAAGAAUACGGACAUAUGAAAAUUGACGAACCGAAAACUCCUUACAGCUACGAUGUGGACAUGGUUGACAAUGCGAGCUUAAACCCUGAGGAACUAGCACGGAGAAUAAAAAUUGCGGCAGAAAAGCCUCCAAAAUUUUGUGACACCGAGGCAGACAGCUCCGAUGAGGAGGAGGAAGAAACAGAAGAGGAGCAACAAAAGCGCAAAGAAUUCGAACUGAAAAGGAAAAAACACUACAACGAGUUCCAUGCGCUGCAAUUGGCGAAAAAACUUCUAGAAGAGGAGGAAGACGAUGAGGUUGAAGAGGGCGAUUCGACCAAUUGUCAGCAGGCCUCAUCGGGAUCGACCCACUAAUAGAAUUUAACAGAUUAAUAUAUUGGCAGUUUCAAGUGUUUUUGAUCUAUUUAUUUCGUUGCUACUAAAUGACUUGGAAAAUGCUUAAUUGCCAUUUUAUUUUACAAAGGGGAAGGUUGGAUUACUUGACUGUGUAACUGGCAAAAGCGUUUGAUGAAGAUGUUGGUGUCUAGUGGUACCCAGUGUGGUGUAUAUUUUCUUCUCAAAUAAUGUCUUAGAUGUCAAACUUACUGUAAGAUAAGAGAAAUUAAAUACUAGUAAUAAA